CGGCUUCGCGAACCUCCUCACAGCUCCCUCGGGCCUGACUUCCGGUUUCCUUGCGCGGCCCGGCGCCGAGCCCGCGGACAGCGGCAGCCCCUUUUCCGGUGGUGAGCUGCUCGUCCACCCUUCCAGCCCCCCUCGGCAGCGCUCCCCCUCUACGGCGCGCGACGCGGCCGCCGGGCCGUGUGGGUCCGGACGAGGCCGGCCAGCGCCGGGGGGCCUGGGUCUCGCGCGCUUGUUGCUGGGUAACGGGCAUUCCUCCGCGGCCGCUCGGCCUCCCGCCUGUGCUUGCCCCUCCUUCCAGAACCUCCAAGGCCACUGCCUAAGGACAGGGCUGCGCCGGGCCUGGCGUAGCCAAGGCAGAAGCGAUGGGAAUCCCUCCGCGGCGCACCUGGUGCAACUGCCUUCGGUGGGGAAGCGGCGGUGUCUUCGAGGAAACCGGAAGCCCGUGGUGACCCCUGGCGACCCGGGUUGUUUUCGGUCCGUUUCCAAAUACUAGGGAAUCGAAACUCGGCGGCCCUGGGGGCGGCCCUACGUAGCCUGGCUUCGGGAUCUCAUCUUCCCUGGCCCUACAGCUUUUAAUCUCCAGAGGUCUGGUUUGUGCAGAGUAAUAUGAAACACAACUCUGAGAUGGGAAACUCUGAACUUAAAAACAAAGCUGCCAUGGAUGCACUGGUAGAAGAUGAUAUCUGCAUUCUGAAUCAUGAAAAAGCCCAUAGGAGAGAUAUAGUGACUCCAAUUUCAAUAUAUUCAGGAGAUGAGUCUGUUGCUUCCCAUUUUGCCCUUGUCACUGCGUAUGAAGACAUCAAAAAACGUCUUAAGGAUUCAGAAAAAGAGAACUCUUUAUUAAAGAAAAGAAUAAGAUAUUUGGAAGAAAAGCUUAUUGGAGCUCGAUUAGAUGAAGAAGCAAGUUCUGUGGGACGAGAACAAGUAAAUAAGGCCUAUCAUGCAUAUCGAGAGGUUUGCAUUGAUAGAGAUAAUUUGAAGAGCAAAUUAGAUAAAAUGAAUAAAGACAACUCUGAAUCAUUGAAAGUAUUGAAUGAACAGCUACAGUCUAAAGAAGUAGAACUCCUCCAGCUAAGGACAGAGGUGGAAACUCAGCAGGUGAUGAGGAAUUUAAAUCCACCUUCAUCAAACUGGGAGGUGGAAAAGUUGAGCUGUGACCUGAAGAUCCAUGGUCUGGAACAAGAGCUGGAACUGAUGCGGAAAGAAUGUAGUGAUCUCAAAAUAGAACUACAAAAAGCCAAAGAAACGGAUCCAUAUCACGAAGACAAUCUGAAGAGCAGAGAUCUCCAAAGACUAAGCAUUUCAAGUGAUAAUAUGCAGCAUGCAUACUGGGAACUGAAGAGAGAAAUGUCUAAUUUGCAUCUGGUGACUCAAGUACAAGCUGAACUACUAAGAAAACUGAAAACCCCAACUUCAAUCAAGAAAGCCUGUGCCCCAGUAGGAUGCAUUGAAGACCUUGGGAAAGACAGCACGAAGCUGCACUUGACGAAUUUUACUGCAACAUAUACAAGACAUCCCCCUCUCUCACCAAAUGGCAAGGCUGUUUGUUAUACUACAUCUUCUACUUUACCAGAUGUAAAGAUUUUAUCAGAGAAAGCAAUCCUCCAAUCAUGGACAGAUAAUGAGAGAUCCAUUCCCAAUGAUGGUACAUACUUUCAGGAACACAACUCUUACGGCAGAAAUUCUCUGGAAGAUAAUUCCUGGGUUUUUCCAAGUCCUCCUAAAUCAAGUGAGACAGCAUUUGGGGAAACUAAAAGUAAAACUUUGCCUUUACCCAACCUGCCGCCACUGCAUUACUUGGAUCAACAUAAUCAAAACUGCCUUUUUAAGAAUUAAUUCUGAGGAGAUUCAUGAUUUGAUCAUGAGGACACUCUCUCAGUGGUUCAGAAAUUAUUAUAACAGUGGAUUUUGAUUAAAAUUUCGCAGAGUUCUUCAGUAUAUACAUUUGAACAUGCUGUACAAUAUUAUGUAGUUGAUUUUCCAGUAUGAAAGAGCACUAUCCAGCUCCAUAUUCUUGAGAAUCAGAUAUAUGCUACUAUACUAAUUAAUAAAUAAACUUAAGGUGUUUAAAAAAGACAAUUCUACCUUUAAUGACAAUUGUAAUAUUUUGCCUCUCAGAUGAAGGAUGGAAUUGGAAAUUUUAGACGUGGUUUUACAAAGUAUGUGAAAUGGCAGUCAUAAAAACAAAAGGAAGCCAUUAAUAUGGGAGAAAAAACACAUAUGUUCCUUCAAAUUACAUAAAUGGAGCAAAUGGCAAUGUGAAUAGGUUAUAUUUCUGUUGAACUUAUGCAUAAAGAUAUGAAAAAUACUAUAAUGGAAUAAAACAUCUUAGGUUACACCAUCUCUAUAUGCUAUUGUGUUUCAAAGUUUAAGAUUUAAAAUGAUACUUUAGUCACAAUGUUUGUUGAUAAAAUUUAGAAUUGCAGUUUGAAUUCUAAGACUUGAAAUAACCUGAUCAUUGAAGCCAACUUUGUCCCACUACAUUCCUCAAGUCCUAAUUG